UAUUUGUCAUCUUCUCUUUCAGAUCUAAAAGGUUUCUUUCUAAAUAUGGCGGGAGAAGACAACAACCGCGAAGCUCGACGAGGCGACGACCGUGAGGAAUCGAGUCCUCUCUUGCAAGGCAACGACACCAAGAUCUACUCGAAAGAGGACGCGAAGAAGGCGCCGAUUGUGCCUCCUCCCGCGGCGGAGGAACACGGCUGGACGGCGGAUGGAUUGCCGGUGACCGAUGGGAGCGUGAUCGGCGAGCCGAUCGGGAGAAAUCAGUGGAACUCCGGUCUGUUCUCCUGUUUCGGACGAAACGAUGAAUUCUGCAGCAGCGAUCUCGAAGUUUGUCUUCUUGGAAGUGUGGCUCCAUGUGUGCUGUAUGGAACUAAUGCAGAGAGGCUUGGGUCUGCCCCAGGAACCUUUUCGAACCACUGCUUGACGUAUUCAGGGUUGUACUUUAUUGGGAACUCUUUGUUUGGGUGGAACUGCCUUGCUCCAUGGUUCUCUUAUUCCAGCCGUUCUGCCAUUCGCCGCAAGUUUAACCUUGAGGGAAGCUUUGAGGCAAUGAACAGGUCGUGUGGCUGCUGCGGAAGCUGCAUUGAGGACGAGAUGCAAAGGGAGCAUAUGGAGACGACUUGUGACUUUGUGACACACGUCCUUUGCCAUACAUGUGCCCUUUGCCAAGAAGGCCGUGAGCUCCGCAGGAAGGUUCUUCACCCCGGUUUCAACGCUCAGUCUACCGUGGUGGUGCUCCCACCAAGUGAACAAACCAUGGGCCGUAAGUGAGUCCAGUGGUCUGAAUAGCACUUGUUACAUAUAUAAACAAACAAGUGUCUUUGUGUGGAACACGAACUAUCAUGUUGUCUCUUGCUUACUUUUUUGAAUAAACUCCUUCUACGUCUGUAAUUUGUCGCGUGUAAAGAUCUUUUCUUCUACGCACUCAAACAUAUGUAUACCUUUAUUGUUAAUGGUAUGUAAUAUUCAUUUGUUU